AAUAUUCUCCUUGCAACUCCUGCAUUAUCCAUUUACUGUAAAAUGAGAAGGAUAAGUGCGCACAUAGAACUUCUCCAAGAAAGGACCACAAGCUCCUAACCCCAUCAACAACCAAAGCUAAUUUAUGAGAACCUGCAGCUACUUCUUCUUCUCCUAGUUAUCAAUGGCAUUAUCUUCAGUUUCUUUGAGUUUGGUUUCUUCAACCUUAUCCCAAAAGGUUUUUAGUUUAAACGUUCCUUGUUCAAAUGAAUUGCCUCGACCCUUUCCAUUAGCUGGUGUCGACUCUGUUUCAUACACUACUGAAGCAACCUUCAAUGAAGAAAGCAAUUGCAGAAGAAGAUUGCUAGUGUUGGGAGUUGGAGCACUGUCAGCAAGUCUGCUCCCAGUAAAUCCCCUUCUUGCUGAAGAGGCACCAAAGAAUUAUAGAGCUUUUGCCGACUCAAAAGAUGGAUAUUCAUAUUACUAUCCCGCAGAUUGGAUUGAUUUUGACUUCAGGGGGCAUGAUUCUGCAUUUAAGGACAGAGUCCUACAAUUGCAGAAUGUAAGAGUAAGAUUCAUACCAACUGAUAAAAAAGACAUUCAUGAUUUGGGACCAAUGGAACAGGUUGUUUCUGAUUUAGUGAAACAUGUGUACGCUGCACCAAAUCAAAUUCCAACUAUAAUUGAGAUGCAGGAGCGAUCCAUAGAUGGGAAAAACUAUUACACCUUCGAAUAUCAGCUUACAUCUCCAAAUUAUUCAAGUACUUCCUUUGCAACCAUUGGAAUUGGCAAUGGGAGAUAUUACACCCUGAUUGUGGGAGCAAAUGAAAGACGAUGGAAAAGAGUUCGCAACAAGCUUAAAGUAGUAGCAGACUCCUUCAAGAUGCUUGAUAUCUAAACUACUUCAGAGUUCUGACAGAACGAGAAACACAUUGGCAUUGAUUGUAGAUACUUUGCAGAAACAGUUUUUGUUAUGAUCUCCUCAGCUGCCCUUCACCUUCACACCCUUAGCAGUGAGACUAAAAUGUAAUGCCCUUGAGCUGCAUACUAAGGACUUCAUUAAUAUUCAAUUUCAUCCACGUUUUGUUCAAAUAUUUUGUGUAGCUGCUAUUGUUCGUAAGCUAUCAGAAGUCGAGUACUUCAUAUUUCAGUACAUUCAUUCUCUAAAUACAGUAGUUUUUUUUUUUUUU